AUGGCAAUAUUAUAAUAUUCAUUUGAUUUUUAUCAUAGUUGCACAAAACAUUCAAAUUUACUCUAUGAUCAAUAAUUAGGUUCAUAAAAUUAAUUCAAAUGUCAUGUAGUAGUUGAAAAAUUCAAAUAUUAUUUCCUAAAGCCGCAAAAUAUUCACUCUACAUUUAAAUAUACUAUGUAAGUGAUAACUUUUUGUGGAUUAUUUUAAUUUUAGCGUAAAGAAUCUUAGCAAAAUAUUGGAAAAAGAAAUAGAAGCAAGAUGGAAGUAAAGGAAAAAUUCUUUUUCCUAAAUGAGAAUAAUAAUCAAUAUGUUGAGAUUAAUCAUAUUUAUAAUUUUAGAGUCAAGUAAUUAUUGACUAAAAUUGAUAAUUAGUAAAGAGAAUAGGGUUUUGUUGAAUAUGACAAAAAUACUGACUUAAGAUACAUCAAAAAGAUAUAACAAACAUCGAUUAAACUGAAAAUGAAGAGGAGGUUUGAAAUUCUGGAUUUAAUUUUAUCGGUUCUAAGAUUCUUCAUGCUGACUAAAUCUUUAAAAAUAACAGAGUAUCAAUGA